CUUCACAUCAUCAUUUGGAGGCUGUCUCAUAUUCCCUCCUUCACUACCCAGGUGUUUUUACUCCUGUACUUUGUUUUCUCUCGUUGAUAAAGUUCCGACUUUUCUUUCCUUCCUUAACCAGAAAGAAAUCAGAAAAACACAUCUUCCAUCGUCAUGUCUUCUUACGGUGGCGGUUAUUCGCGCGGUGGUGACUCCUACCGCUCCAGGGAUGGCGGCAGCGGCGGCUACUCCAAUGGAGGCGGCUAUGGUGGUGGUGGUGGUGGUGGCUACGGAGGCGGUGGUGGUGGCUACGGUGGUGGUGGUAGCUACGGCGGUGGUGGUUACGGCGGCGGCGGCGGCGGCUAUGGCGGCGGUGGUUUCGGUGGCCGCGGUGGUGGUGCUGCCGGCGGAGACCGCAUGUCGAACCUGGGUGCCAGCUUGAAGAAGCAAGACUGGGAUCUGGAGUCGCUCCCCAAGUUUGAGAAGUCGUUCUACAAGGAACACCCCGAUGUCACCAACCGCAGCCAGCGCGACGUGGAUGAAUUCCGCAAGAAGCACGAGUGUGUGGUGCAAGGACCGGACAUUCCUCGCCCCGUCGAGACCUUCGAUGAGGCUGGCUUCCCUCAGUAUGUGCUGAGCGAAGUCAAGCAGCAAGGCUUUGAGCGCCCCACCGCCAUCCAGUCUCAGGGUUGGCCCAUGGCGCUUUCCGGUCGCGAUGUCGUCGGUAUCGCUGAGACUGGUUCCGGAAAGACUCUGAGUUACUGUCUCCCCGCUAUCGUCCACAUCAACGCCCAGCCUCUGCUCGCGCCCGGCGAUGGCCCCAUCGUCCUUGUCCUCGCCCCUACCCGUGAACUUGCGGUCCAGAUCCAGACUGAGAUGACCAAGUUCGGAAAGUCCUCUCGCAUCCGUAACACCUGUGUGUACGGUGGUGUCCCCAAGGGCCCUCAGAUCCGCGAUCUGUCCCGUGGCGUCGAGGUCUGCAUCGCCACUCCCGGCCGUUUGAUCGACAUGCUGGAGGCUGGCCGCACCAACCUCCGCCGUGUCACUUACCUGGUUCUCGACGAGGCCGAUCGCAUGCUCGACAUGGGUUUCGAGCCCCAGAUCCGCAAGAUCAUUUCUCAGAUUCGUCCCGAUCGUCAGACUUGCAUGUGGUCUGCUACUUGGCCCAAGGAGGUUCGCCAGCUUGCGUCGGACUUCCUCCAGGACUACAUCCAGGUCAACAUCGGUUCGAUGGAUCUGUCCGCCAACCACCGUAUCACCCAGAUCGUCGAAGUUGUCUCGGACUUUGAGAAGCGUGAUAAGAUGAUUAAGCACAUGGAGAAGAUCAUGGAGACGAAGACCAACAAGGUCCUCAUCUUCACGGGCACCAAGCGAAUUGCUGACGAAAUUACCCGCUUCCUGCGCCAGGACGGCUGGCCAGCGCUUUCUAUCCACGGUGAUAAACAACAGCAGGAAAGAGAUUGGGUCUUGAACGAGUUCAAGACGGGCAAGAGCCCAAUCAUGGUGGCUACCGACGUGGCUUCCCGUGGUAUCGAUGUUCGUGACAUUACUCAUGUUCUGAACUAUGACUACCCCAACAACUCGGAGGACUAUGUUCACCGUAUUGGUCGAACUGGUCGUGCCGGCGCCAACGGAACUGCCAUCACGUUCUUCACCACUGACAAUUCUAAGCAGGCUCGUGACUUGAUCACUAUCCUCACUGAGGCCAAGCAGCAGAUUGACCCCCGUCUCGCCGAGAUGGUUCGCUACAGCGGCGGUGGCGGCGGCGGCUACGGCCGCUGGGGAGGUCGCGGUCGCGGUGGCGGCGGUCGGGGCCGCGGUGGCGGCUUCACUGCCUCCAACGCAGCUCCGAUUGGCGGCGCUCGUCGCUGGUAGACUGAUCUUGAUGCCCAGUGCGGUUCAUGAGCUUGUAUACGAUUGUCACAUCGGUAGACCUUGUGCUUUUUCUGCGAUAUUUUCAGAUUCCUCCUUCGUAACUCGGUCCGGGCGGCGUUCGUCGAUGUCACGA